GAAGGAGCACAGUUAUUGCUGGAACGUACCGUCCUAGCACAGGCCGCCAUGAUCGACAAUCCGUGGCUGCCCCACCUGUACUACGCAUUCCAGGAUGAAACCCAGCUCCACUUGGUCAUGGACUACGAGCCUGGUGGAGAUAUGUACAUUUUCUUGAGCAAGACAGCACACCUUCUGGACCCUGAGAUGAUUGAGUUCUACGCGGCUGAAGUGGUUGAGGCUGUUCAUUCACUUCACCAAAUGGGCUACAUUCACUGUGAUAUUAAACCCGAAAACUUUGCAAUCGAACGAAGUGGACACUUGAAGUUGAUCGACUUCGGCUCUGCAAUCCGCCUAGACUCUGAUGGCAAGGUAAUUUUCGGUAUAACCGUUGGCCUUUUCUCGUCCUUGUUGCCACCUGCAGUCUCCCAGAAGAGUUUCAAGGCCACCUCUUAUGAUUUGAACCUUGAUUGUUCUACUCUUUAA